AUGCGCCAAAGAAUAACCUUCAUCCAAGAACCGGAAUAUUCCACGGACCCUAAAACCAUCCACGUAACGAAAAAUGAAAAAAUUUCAACUCUUUCCGCGAAAAAUGUUAUAGCAGCCCGAGAAGAUAGGAUAACGUUUGGGUUUGAAGAGCUACCGCAGGAGUUGUAUAGGUUGUUGAAGGGAUGUCAUGAGUUGCAUAUAAGAUGGGUGUCGGAGAGGGAGUAUUCGACGUUGGGACCUAUGGCCUCGUUUACCAAACUCCCAGUUGAGCGCUUCUCUCUGUCCGCUGCUACGCAAUAUUAUACACCACUCUCCAGUUUAAAGGAUGGUUUCCAAACGUACCUUGAAAACAAGAUAUGUAGCAGAUCAAACUCAAUGUGCCUCUCUCGGGUCCAAGAACUCGAUACAGCAGCUUCUCUCGACAUAGACUACGAUACCAUCUCCCACGCCCUAACAAUCACUGCCUUCUGGCCACCCACCCAAUGGGACAUAGACCUCCAAAACACCAACCCAAAAGAACGCAUGGAGGUUGGAAUCCUCUCCGUCGUACCACCCCAAGAACGCGAGGAGUUAUCCCUAGGAGGUUUCCUCACCGUCGUAGGCGAAGACACCAAACCCUCACCAACACUCUUCUCCUUCCCCGCGCGCCACCACUCCCUUCCCCAAACUUUCAGCACCUCAUUCAACUCCCCAACCGGUCUCCACCCGACCCUCAAACUAUCCAUCUCCGCCAGCGAACCCCCUUUUCCUCCAGAUGAGCGCUCCUGCUCCCUUCACGCCCACCUCACCCUCCCCCGCGCCCUCUUCCCAGAUAAAUACCAGUUCUCUGACCCUCUCUACCUCGCCUCAAAAAACCUCUCAGCACUCCACCACAUCACCUCCCCCAUCGACCUCGAAGCCCCUUCUUACACCCUAACCACUUGGGGCUCCACGCUCCUUCUCGCCCUCGCACCGCCAACACUAGGCCCCUCUUUCACAGCUGAAAUCCCACUACACCUCCGCUACCUUCCACCGUCACAUAACAGCAGUACAUACCUGGAAUUCGCGUACCCAACGCUCUUCUGGGCGUGUCCAGAGGACGAGGGCACGAAAUUUCCGAUCAAUCCGUUUGAUCGCACGAAUGUUGGGUACGAUGGGUUGUUUGGGCCGAGGACCAUGUUUUAUCAUCUAUCUCCUGAGGCUAGCGAAGGGGGGAGGUUGGUGAACGGGCUUGAGGUGCCGGUUUUGGGGUUGGAGGCAAGUGGAUGGGUGGAGUGGGGGACGGGGGCGGUUGUUGCGGUUGGGUUUGCGUGGGUGGUGUGGUGUCUGUUGGUGGGUUGGGGAGGUGGAUAUGGUGGAAAGAAAGAGGAAGGGAGGAAGAAGAGGGAGUGA